AUGAAGUUCUUGGCUAUCGCUGUUCUGGUUCUCGUCGCUUCGGUCUACGCCGAAGACCAACCAAUGGAGUCGAUGAAGGCUAAGCGUGGCAUUCACUUCGGCCUGGGAUACCAUCAUGCUCCGGCAGUGGUGUCGCACUCGUACGUUGCUCCGGCCCCAGUUAUUGCCCAUUCUGCACCGCUCGUAGCUGCUCCCGUUGCGUAUCACGCCCCGAUCGCCAAGACCUACGUUGCCCACGCUCCGAUCGUGCACCAUGCUCCGAUCGUGCAUCAUGCUCCACUCGCUGCCUAUCAUGCUCCGCUCUACCACGGUGCCGUCUACUCCACCCUGCACCGUCGUUAA